AUGCAGACUGAAAAGGUCACCUCUUCCACCUCUAAGGUCUCCAGAAUGGCCUUUUCAAAGAAGAAAGUCUCUUGCCAGCCAGAAGAAUUAUGGUGGUUCUGGCAUUACUGCAUUCUCUUGACUGUCAAACAAUUCAGUAUCUUGGUGCUUGUUCUCAUUCCAGGAAAGCCAAUAUUUUCAGUGGACAUUCACCCAGAUGGGACCAAGUUUGCAACAGGAGGACAAGGUCAGGAUUCUGGCAAAGUUGUGAUCUGGAAUAUGGCUCCUGUCCUGAAAGAGGAAGAUGAAAAGAAUGAAAAUAUUCCCAAGAUGCUUUGUCAGAUGGACAAUCACUUAGCUUGUGUGAACUGUGUGCGRUGGUCAAACAAUGGAGUUUACUUGGCGUCAGGGGGAGAUGACAAGUUGAUUAUGGUGUGGAAACGAGCUGCGUACAUUGGACCUAGCACUGUGUUUGGUUCUAGUAACAAACUUACUAAUGUUGAGCAGUGGAGGUGUGUAUCAAUUCUCAGAAGCCAUUCAGGGGAUGUGAUGGAUGUAGCGUGGUCUCCGCAUGAUGCCUGGCUGGCAUCUUGUAGUGUGGAUAACACUGUUGUCAUCUGGAAYGCUGUCAAAUUUCCAGAAAUUCUUGCSACUUUGAAAGGGCAUUCUGGCUUGGUGAAAGGGCUGACCUGGGAUCCUGUUGGGAAAUACAUUGCAUCUCAGGCUGAUGAUCGAAGUUUAAAGGUGUGGCGGACCAUGGACUGGCAGCUGGAAACCAGCAUCACAAAACCCUUUGAUGAGUGUGGAGGGACAACUCAYGUGUUGCGCCUUAGCUGGUCGCCUGAUGGUCACUAUCUUGUUUCUGCUCAUGCCAUGAAUAAUUCUGGACCCACUGCUCAGAUCAUUGAGAGGGAUGGAUGGAAAACCAACAUGGAUUUUGUAGGGCAUCGGAAGGCAGUUACAGUAGUGAAAUUCAAUCCAAAAAUCUUCAAAAAGAAGCAAAAGAAUGGGAGCUCCACCAAGUCAAGUUGUCCCUACUGCUGUUGUGCUGUCGGUAGUAAAGAUCGAUCUCUUUCUGUCUGGCUCACGUGUCUGAAACGACCUUUAGUUGUCAUACAUGAGCUGUUUGACAAGUCAAUCAUGGACAUCUCCUGGACCCUUAAUGGACUUGGUAUCCUGGUGUGUUCCAUGGAUGGAUCAGUGGCAUUUUUGGACUUCUCCCAGGAUGAACUUGGGGAUCCACUCAGCGAGGAGGAAAAGAGCAACAUUCACCAGUCCACCUAUGGCAAGAGCCUGGCUAUCAUGACUGAAGCUCAGUUGUCCACCACCAUUAUUGAGAAUCCAGAGAUGCUCAAGUACCAGCAGAGGCAGCAGCAGCAGGGGGAUCAGAAGAAUGCAUCMAUUCGGGAAGGCUCUGGCAAUUCCACAGCUCCCAAAGUGGCAAGCAUGGUUAAUGGGGAGAGCCUGGAGGACAUUAGAAAGAAUCUCUUAAAAAARCAAGUUGAAACACGAACAGCAGAUGGUCGGAGAAGGAUCACACCUCUCUGCAUAGCUCAACUGGACACUGGGGAUUUUUCUACAGCAUUUUUCAACAGCAUCCCAAUAUCUGGAACUCUGUCUGGCUCAAUGAUGUCUUCUCAAAGUAACCAGCAGCUCAUGUCACUAGAUUCUAACGCAGCAAAUUCCCUUAAUACUUCAAAGCCUUCUGUAGAGCCAACAGCAGCCAGUAUAAAACCAACAGAUGAUGCAGCCAAUAAAGAUGGUGUAAAUGCUACCUCUGCCUCAGCUGCUCCUGCAUCGUCUUCCUCUGUGUUGACAACUCCAUCCAAGAUUGAACCUAUGAAAGCAUUUGAUUCUAGAUUCACAGAACGAUCCAAAGCCACCUCAGGGACUGCUGUUGUAACAAACACAAAUCAGACUGUUGUGGACAGACUGAAGGAUCAGAAUUUAAUUAAAGACAAUAAGCCCAAGGACAUUUUGGAGAGCAGCAGUGACAGUGAAGAGAAGAUUCCAGCUGUUAAACCACUCAGUGUACCCAAACGGAAACUGGAACUUGAGGGAGAAACAGUAGAAAAGAAGAAAAAAGGAAGGCCUCGGAAAGAYUCCAGACUUGUACCAGUAACUUUAACUGUUCAGUCCCCAGCUACACUGGCCUCUGAGAAGGAUGCUGCUUGCAUCUCUGCACCAGCAUUAGCACUUAAACUGCCAACCCCAAUCCCACAGAAAUCGUUUACUUUGCAAAUAAGUUCAGAUCCUUCAAUGUACCUUGAAGUGGAGAAUGAAAUGACCUCAGUGGGGGGUUCAAAGUUGAGCAGGUUAAAGUGUAAUCGAGAAGGGAAGGAAUGGGAGACAGUCCUCACCAGUCGAAUCCUCGCUGCAGCAGGAAGCUGUGAGAUUGUAACCGUGGCCUGUGAGAAACGAACAYUGUCAGUAUUUUCAGCUUGUGGUCGUCGCCUUCUUCCUCCUAUAAUAUUGAAUACACCCAUUUCCACCCUGCAUUGCACAGGUUCUUGCAUCAUGGCUCUCACCACUGCUGCUACGCUCUCUGUUUGGGAUGUUCACAAGCAGACAGCCAUUGUUAGAGAUGAGUCUUUGCAAACAAUAUUUUCAGGAAGUGAUGCAACUGUCUCUCAGAUCUUGCUGACUCAGCAUGGAAUUCCUGUCAUGAGCAUGUCUGAUGGAAAGGCCUACUGCUUUAAUCCUUCUCUUUCUACAUGGAAUCUUGUUUCUGACAAACAGGACUCUCUAGCACAAUGUGCAGACUUCAGGACUAGUUUGCCAUCCCAAGAAGCCAUGCUGUGUUCUGGGCCCUUGGCUGUAAUACAGGGACGGACAUCAAAUUCGGGAAGGCAAGCUGCAAGAUUGUUCUCCAUGCCUCAUUUAGUGCAACAAGAAACAACACUUGCAUACCUGGAGAACCAGAUAGCAGCAGCACUUAUAUUACAAUCCAGUCACGAAUAUCACCACUGGCUCCUUAUCUAUGCACGGUACCUAGUUAAUGAAGGGUUUGAAUAUCGUUUGCGAGAAUUAUGCAAGGAUUUACUGGGUCCAGUCCAUUACUCAGCUGGAAGUCAGUGGGAAUCAACAGUUAUGGGUUUACGAAAGAGAGAACUAUUGAAAGAGCUUCUUCCUGUUAUUGGACAGAACCUCCGCUUCCAGAGGCUUUUCACAGAGUAUCAAGAGCAGCUGGACAUCUUGAGAGACAAGUAGGGUGUCCCCAGAUUUUCCCUGUGGGGCCUGGUCUGAGAGAAACUGCUGAACAGCGYUAACCAGAGACAGAAGAGGAGCGAGAGCCCGGUCAGGGGGGACACUCCUGAAGAAGGGCUGUGCCGCAGAGGUGCCAGCAGAUUCCUGAAAAUGAUGAGUGGAGGAGAUUGACAGUUUCCCAAGUGAAACUCGACCAUCGAAGCUGUGGCCUCUGUUUCUAUGGAAAGUCAUGGAUAUGUACUUCAGGGGGAUCCUUUUGGAUCUGGAUCUCAUUUAAUAUUAAAACUAGCUGAGAACUGUUUGUGCGGUUUCUUGGAUGUCCUGUGAAAAGCACAGUACUUCAGAGUACACUGAACAGCAUAUUUAACCCUGUUUAGGGUUUUUUGCCUGAGGAUUUAUUGAGGCUCAACACUAUAUUAAAUUAGAUGAAUGAGCCACGUUAAAAGAAAUUUCAUAAAUAUUAAGGUAUUAUGCAGCCAAUAGACUCUUUCCUGUGAAUAUAAUAAUAAUAAGAGGCUGUUCUAACACAUGGACUAUUUUUGUACUAGAAUUUGCUAACUUGUAAUAUGGAAUUUUAUUUGGCCAAUAAUCAGGCUAUCACUACAAAGUCAUCUUGUAGGAGUUUAAUUACAAAGGCUAUGUUUCAAAGUAAUUCUACCAAAUUAACAUGUCAUCAUCAGGUUUUUAAUUUUUCAAUGUUUGUAAAAGGCAUUUUGGGGGGAGGGGGAGGGAUACGAGGGGGUGGCUCUUUUUGUAAGUACAAAAUAAAAGAACAUUGCAUUGGUUUAAAAAAAAACAAAAAGCAAAAA